AUUCAAGGCCGUGCACACUUCCUCAUUUCUUUAACUACCAAACAGAAACAUGCAAUGCAUAUUUUUAUGUCACAAAUAUCAAAGCAAAGAUUGUUUCUUAUGGAGUAGCAAAAUUGGCAAAACACAUGUUGGUUCUUGUACAAGGAAAACAUAAAGUAUUUUUGCUUUGGGGAUGAAGGGGGCAUGGAUUUUUUGCCAGAGUUUCUUGCAAGUAGUUGGGGUAAAGAAUUUGUGGCUGGUGGAUUUGGAGGAAUUGCUGGUCUCAUUUCUGGUUAUCCGCUCGACAGCAUCAGAGUUCGCCAGCAAAAUUCUAGGUGUGGUUCUGCUUUCAACGUUUUUCGCCAUGUAGUCGCCACGGAAGGUCCCUUGUCUCUCUAUAGGGGCAUGGCUGCACCUCUAGUCUCCGUCACCCUUCAGAAUGCCAUGGUAUUUCAGACCUACGCAACGCUAUCGCGGGCUUUUGACAAGAAUAUUCCAGCAAGCAACCCACCUUCAUACAAAGCAGUAGCUUUGAGUGGCACUGCAGCAGGAGCAAUUCAGAGCCUAAUUAUGAGCCCAGUAGAAUUGGUGAAAAUCCAACUUCAAUUGCAAAACAAAACCAAACAAUGCAACAAUCCAUCAACUAUUUUAAAGGGUCCAAUAGAUGUCACAAGACGAAUAUUCAGACAGGAAGGUUGGAUAGGAAUCUAUCGUGGACUAACCGUUACUGUCCUCAGAGAUUCACACUCUCACGGCCUAUAUUUCUGGGUAUACGAGUAUACUAAGGAACAACUUCACCCUGGUUGUCGAAAGAAUGGACACGAAAGCUUCCAAACAAUGCUCUUAGCAGGUGGUCUUGCAGGGACUGUUAGCUGGAUAAGCUGCUACCCCAUAGAUGUUGUUAAAACCAGACUCCAAGCUCAAUCAGAGUCUAAAUCAUCAAAAUAUCGCGGUAUUGCUGAUUGCUUCAGGCAAAGUGUAAGAAAAGAGGGAUACAAUGUGCUAUGGCGAGGCAUGGGAACUACAGUUGGCAGAGCAUUCAUAACGAAUGGGGUUAUAUUCACUGCCUAUGAAACUGCCCUCAGGUUCCUUUACAGGAACAAUGACAAUGACCAUACAAAUGUCCAAUCUGAAACUGCAUUAUAAAACAAGACCAAAGUAGUUCUCUUUAAUGUGCACCAUUAAGUCGAAAGAGAAAAUAUCACUCACUCAUUACAAGAGCAAUUAUUCAGCAAAUACAUCCAAAUGCAAGAAUUGACUAGAUUGGAUUUGGUCAUCUGUUGUCUCUGUAUUCAUUAUUACAUGUAAAACAAUAACUAAAACAAAUUUGAUCAGUGCCCCCACAAUGUAAUAACCAGAAUCAUUUCAAGUCAAUGUGGCCAUUUUUUCCGGUGCCACAACCAUGUAAACAAAGCAUAAGACGAGACUCGGUGUGUUAACUCAUCAUCAUCAUGUUAUUGCAAAACCAAACCAAGAAAAUACAACCUUGUUCACACAUACAUUAACUCCAAAAUACAUAAUACUACAAUUCAACAACAGACCAAAAAAAAAACAGGCUCAGCUUCAUUUCAUCAAUAAGUAUCUGCACUAACAAAUCGCUCAACGCGAUUCUCAUUCAGAUUUAACCCACCCAUUGCUUCGUCCAAGCCACUACUCGCCGCGGCCAAUAUAUGAGGAUCGUUGUAAUUCCUAACAGCCUGCACAAUCGCCCUUACUUUCUUAUACGGAUCCGAGCAAUUAAAUAUAUCCGAUCCAAUAAACACACCGUCACAACCGAGCUGCAUCAUCAGCGCGGCAUCAGCAGGGGUAACAAUUCCACCAGCAGCAAAAUGCACCACCGGAAGCCUACCCAUCUGCUUCGUUUGGGCAACGAUAUCAUAAGGCGCAGCGAUCUUCUUGGAAAAAGUAAACACCUCAUCAUCAUCCAUGUUCGAUAGAACCCUAAUAUCUCCCAUCACUUUCCUCACAUUACGAACUGUAUCAACAAUAUUACCCCUACCUAAUAGAUCUCCUUGUGUCCUCACCAUCGCCGCGCCUUCUCUAACUCUCCUCAACGCUUCUCCAAGAUCGCGGCACCCGCACACAAACGGCGCCCUGAAAUUGUGUUUGUUCACAAAAUGGUCUUCGUCUGCAAGGGCUAAAAUCUCGCUCUCGUCAAUAUAAUCAACACCAAUAGCUUCAAGGAUCUGUGCUUCAACGAAAUGACCGACACGGGCUUUCGCCAUAACAGGAAUGGUAACGGAUUGCUUGAUCUCUUUGAUUAUCGACGGGUCAGCCAUACGUGAGAUUCCGGGUCCUUUAGGCUCCGAAACUACAAUACAGCAAGCGCCGGCAGAUUCGGCAAUUUUUGCUUGAUUAACGUUGGUGACCUCCGCAAUUGCUCCACCACGGAGCAUUUGAGCGAUUCCGACUUUGAGAGAAAAUGGAUUCUUCUUCGUAUCGGUAAUGGCGCUGCCACUGUAGACUGUGACGGUACCGUCUUCUUCCAUUUACAAACUGUUUGUGAAAAUGCCUUAAUGAAAAUAGAUGACAAGUACUAAUUGAUUUGAAUUUGUUGGGAGAGGAGCGAUAAAGCAGAAUGAUUUAAAGGGGGAGGGGGGAAUGGGGCGGUGUGAUUUAGUUUGUUCGAGAAACUUCGAGGAGGUGUUUGUUUUGGUGGACAAAUGUAAGAAAGUUCGGAUGGGUUCGAUUCCAGGGGAUUAAAUCUAGGAUUUUUUUUUUUCUUGGGUAGUAGGUUUUUUUUUUU